UAUUCAAACAGAGUCGAUAUUGACAUUCGGUGAAACAUUCAAGAGUUCGUUAAAUUCUGCUGUCACAAAGUCCUUAUCAAAGCCCUACGUUAGACGGGUAUUAGAAUAUAUCUGCUGGAUUAUUUUUAAGAGAAGGUAAGGAAUUUAUUAUAUUUUGUGUGCUAAAAAAAACAGGGGCUCCAUCCUACAAAGAGAACAGUACUGCUUUUUCUUUUCAAUUUCGUUCCUUUUUCAUGCUACUGCAAUUAAGGCGAAGAAAACAUAGAUAUCAUUUUCUAAUAUUUUGAGAAUUGUUCCAACCAUAUCCACUUAUCGACCCGAAAGAGAGGGAAAAUAUCCGACUUAGUUCCCUGGUGAGGAAAAAAAAAUCCCGGAAAUUUUUAAGGCUUCGACAUCUACAUCUUUUGAGGGCAGUGAAACUGGUAGAAUUAUUUAUGCUAUUUAGGUUUAAAUGGCUUAUCUUUUUUAACCCUAUCGACACGCUCUAGUAUUCUCCCAAAUUGAUUCCAAUUCUUAUUGAAUUGUUGGCGAGAGCCACCCGCUGACAAUUCGGCUUUGGAAACAAUUCUCUUUUUAACAAAUCAUUUCAAAGUGGUUACUCUUAAAUGAUAUCAAAAGGAAAAGUGGAUUCUUUUCUUAUUGCUUAAGCAACUUAUCGAUAAAGGUAACCUUCUCACCAAGCCUCUAUCGCCAUAUCAGCAUUACACAUUAGACGCCAGCUUUAGUUCGAUUUAUUGAAUGGCUUUUUGCCGGAACAAGUGGCUUUCCCGUUGAACUUGCAAUUGUAAGAAAGGUCUAGCCUUCCAAAGAAGGACGGAAACCGGAGGUGGCUGGUCAAAGCAAAUGGACUUUGUAUUAUUGCUACUUGUCGGUAGCAACAGCGCUGUAGUGACGACACUCAAAUGGGCAAAUCACGAUCCAACUCGGCAAGUUCUUUUGCGCGACCAAUGACUUGACAACAGUCAAGGCGCUUGCGGAACAAACUAAGAGAGUUGACAUGACUCAACACGCAAAACUCACUUUAAAUUAUCUCAGAUGAUAGCUCACCAAUUUUGUUCACAUACGCAACGAAACUUGUCAUUUUGGCUUAACGUCAGGUGAGCGAAGUGGGAAUCAAGGAGCAGAUUUUUUUUUCUUGUUAGUGUCUGUAGUAGCGCGGCGCUGGUUUUUGUAUUCGUUGCCUAUAAUACAUUUAGCCAUACCUUUUUUAUACCAAAAUAUUAUAACCUCAGACCCCUGAACUGCAGACUGGGAAUCUUCUCACACGAGCCAAACCGAACCUCCUAUCAUAUUGCAUCGUGCUCGCCUUAUCCAGCCUGCGAAACUUGGCUCAUUUGGCAGCUGUUUGGACGGGAAAUUCACAAUUCUAAUGUAUAGCGACGUGUUUUGCAACAAGCAACUGAUAGCAAACUUCGUUUCCUCGUCGAGUACUGACUUACUAAAAACACUUGGCUCGAACCAUUGGAAUGGUUUUGUGCUUUUCUAGGAAGCAUACAAGACUUAAUACGUUCAAGAUAGAGCUGAGAAUCGCCCCACAAGAGGUAUCUAAAGGCACACAGUAACAUAGCAGGAUUGAUUGAUGUUGGGUAGGCGAAAUGCUUCAAGAAAAGUCACCAGAACUGUUUAGAUAAGACAGCACAAUGAACAAAACUGCGCCUGCGCUACUAGGGUCAUCCGCUGCUUGGUUAUCUGCCCUGGGUAUGGAAACCCUCGUGAUAAUAGCACUGAACGUGUUGACGCUAAUAGUACUAAUCAAGACGCACAGUUUACGGCGUCGUACCACGUAUUUCCUGAUCAAUCUGAGUAUCACUGAUCUACUAGUGGGACUUGUUCCUUUACCCAUGUAUUUGCUCUUCAUAUCCAACCCUUCCGUCUUCGUGAAGAACAGCUACUUGUUGUCAGCCUACCAGGCUCUGGAUAUGAUAUUCGGUGCGUGUAGUAUAUGGACGCUUGCAGUGAUCUCGCUGGAGCGCCUCUACAUGGUCAAGGCACCACGCAGACACCGCAGGGCCACCCUGAGGCACUACCUGGUUGCCAUAGCGAUAAGCUGGAUAAUCCCUGUGGUUAUCUACCUUCAAGGGUUCCUGACAUCCACUGGCAUCAUCACGCGAAGCCUAUACUUAUACAUUACGGUGGUCACGCUUCUUUUCAUCCCUACUGCUAUUUUGGUCUUGUCACACUUCGCACUGUGGAUCACCUUCAAACAUCGUAACCUAAGCACGCGUCACGCCAAGCGAGAGCGUGAACUUAGUAAGACUCUUUUUAUGGUAACUAGCGCAUUUCUUGUGACUUGUUUGCCUUUCCAGGCCCUGGUAUUUUAUCUAGCGCUGGAUCCCAUGGUCAAGCCCUCGUUGAAUUUGGUGCUUGCCUUAAAGUUCUUGCAAUAUGGGAACAGCUUCAUGAACCCUCUUAUCUACUGGCCGAGACUGCCUGGUUUUAAGGGCGCAGUCAGGAAGAUGUUCGGACUUAAGACGAGCAGUAGAUAUUGUAAGUCAGACACGGUUAAAUCAGUGAGAUCCUCCCGCCUUAUUACAGAGGCUCCGCCCUCCCAACUUCACAGUUAGAAAGCUGGACUUUAUAAAUGAAAAUGAGAGUCGAGUUUGUUAGUGCGGGGGAUAAGUGUUGACGCUUACAGUCCCCCUUGAGGUAUAAUGGUCCACUUUUUUAAAAACUAUUUAAGUGGCAGAAGAAAAGCUCUUAAGAUAGGAGAAACUAUUGUUAGUGUAUUUUCUUUUAAUUUCAAAGGAAAUUGCCCAGCCUCUCAGCGCUAUUUUUUCCAUAUUUAUCAGACACAGUAUACGUUUUUGACAACUUGAUUUACAGGUUCGCAAUGUCUAUUAGCUACAUUAUUACAAGGGCCACUUAAAAGCCCCUGGCGUGAUUAAUUGGGAACAGCUGAACAGGUAUGGUGAUGUGUUCUCUCAGUUAAGGAAGACAAUACUUCACGAAAACUGUGUCGAAGACUGCACAGAGCCAGUAAACGACAAUAUACACAACUAACAUUCCUGUAGACCAUGGCCCGUGAAAGUUCUAGCGAUACUUUCUUUUUCUGUAUACAACGAUGACGACAGCUAUUAUUAACUUUCGUUUCCAGUGGUAUUUUGUUGUUUAUACACCACGUGCUGUGAUGUACUUCACCAACAUUUUGUCCAUCUUGUGUCAAUCAGAGUGAGGCUACACUAGUACUGUUAGAUGGUUAUAGCUAUAUUUCAGCACCUUGCGAGUCGCCUAGAAGAUGUUUUGUAGAACAGGCAGGUAGGUGUACAUUCAGGAAUACUCGUGUGUAGCCAAGUGCUUUCACAUCAUAUUAAAGGCAUGGAUCGACGAUCCGCAAAUAAAGGUCGAGAUCCCUGAUAAAAAGACAGAAAAAAGAAUAAUAUUAAUCUUAAAUAGAAUACCACAUAUCAGCCGGUUAUACUCAAAAUAUAAUUAAAAUUCGAUCUCUUUAAAAA